AGGCACCAACGGACUGCGCGUGUGACUGCGCUUUUGUUGUGAAACGUCAGCGGAUGUGGGCAAUUGAGCACGCAAAACUGGGCGUGUGUUUUGGCGCCUUUCGCACUGAAGCCUUCCUAACGAACAGGAUUUCUUUUUUCUCCUUUUUCUGGUCAAGUAGUUUCUUAGUUUACUUUUAGCAGGCAGGCUAAGAUGUCUCACACGGUCAGCCCGACCAGCACCGUCAGGACCUCCGCGUCCGACAGCGUCUUCAACCUGGGAUACAUCCGAACCAUCCCGGGACUGCUCAAGAUGGCCCAGAUGGUGGCGCUGCUGAUCACCUUCCUGUGCGUGCACUGUGCACGGGGCUGGCCCAACUGGGCGGCGUUCCAGUACUUUGAGGUGGUGGCCGUGUGGUUCUUGGUGGUGCUCCUGGUCUUCUUCCUCAUGCACCUGUGCCGGCUGCAGGCCAAGAUGGGCUGCAUCAAUUGGCCGCUCACCGAAUUCUUCCACUACUCCGUGGGUACGGUGCUGAUCUGCAUCGGCUCCAUCGUGGCGGCGGUGAAGAGUGGAGGUGUGUCCGCCCUGGUGGCAGCCUCUGUGUUUGGUUUUAUCACAACCUUCCUGAUGGCGGUCAGCUUGUGGACAUCUUACAGUGUCUCCUGCGGACCACACCACACUGGUGCUGCGGUCUAAUGGCCAGAGACGUGAUUGGCUGCCUCUGGACCCGACUCACUUUUCUGCCUCGCGACCUGCCAACAUGUCAACGUGAUUGGAUGAGCCUUGGGAGCUGAGAAGCUGAUGAGGAGCAUCUUGUUUAAAAAAAAAAAAAAAAAAAUCAGAAUGUUGGCGGUGAUUCAGAGUCACCUUCACAUUGAUGUUACCCCACAACAACAAAAGGUGCGAACAAUAGCUAGUCAACUUCGUGACUCAAUUUCCCAUCAUUUGUUCUGCUGGAUGAAACUAUCGCUUUAUUGUUGCAUUCUUAAACGGCGAUAAUGAGAGAGAGCAACACCCUUUUUUGCCUGCUGCGUGCCAAAACAACCCGCCUGUCUCUUUUUCAUUGAAUUUUUCAGUUCAUUUUGCGUGCUAACCUCACAAACGCUGAAGCACUUUCCGCCUCAUCAGCCUUGCUCGGCUAAAGAAAUGUUAGCAUUCAGAAUGCUAACAUUGCAAACAAAUACAAAGCUGAUUGCUGAACCACCUACAGAAUCAUUGUCAAAUGCGCGACGCUCGGGAGAAGUAUUAGCAUUUAGGAUGCUAACCUCGCAUGCCAAGAAUGCAGUGCUGAACCACCACUAUCAUCAUCAUCAGCCGUGCUAUACUAAAAAGUGUAUUUUUAAGCAUUUCAUGUUUAACCGACAUCAUUUUCAUCAUUCACAGUGUUAUGCAACACCGAGCUAAUGAAGUAUUAGCGCUUGGUGUGCUAAAACUGCAAACAGACACAACACGGAACCACUUUUCGUCAUCAGCCACGCACCACGCUCGGCUAAAAAUGCAUUAGCAUCAAGCAUGCUAACCUCGCAAACAGAUCAGAGGCUGAACCACCACCAUCAGCCACGCCAGGCUAAGGAAAUGUUAGCAUGUAUGUAUGCUAACUUACACUAGCCUAGUGUAACGUGUCAGUGUGCCAACGAUUACCUCCCUACGGGUCACAUGCACACGCAAGCUGCCGUCACGGCAACAGGCGGGCCAGCGUGCACGGUGCUAGUCUUUCAACGUACUUACCACCAAGGAGUUGAAGUUUACACAACGAUGAUGACUACAGUGAUUAUCACAAAAAAAUGUGAAAGCACAUACACGCUCAAGUCAACGGACUGUUAACAAUAACAACACCUUGGACGUUUACAUUCAGUCGCAGUCAUGUUUGUGUGCCAACUCGCAUCACGUGACCUGCUUGUGCUCUGUGAUCAAUCACAUGCUCUCGCUGACUUUUAUGUCAAAAUCAUUUGUGUGUAUAUUAGUGUAAGAUUUAUAUUUUAGGAGUCCCCAACAUAACUCCACAAAUACAAAAGUCACGCAGUAGCGCUCCUUGAAAUGUUUGGGGAAAAAAAUAAGCCCCCCCCCCAACACCCGUUUGAUCAGUAUAAUGUCCACAAAAAAAUGGGUGGACAUGUCUAUCAACUAUUUCAAGGACCCAUGACAGAAAUUGAACAGGAAGUGGGACAUUUUGGUGUGAAGCAGCCUUUCUCAAGUCAUUUUAGCCAGUGAUCAAAUUUGAAAAUCCAGCUUCUGACAACAGUCCCACCGAUCACCAUGAAAUUUGGUGGCCAUGUCUAUCAGAACAGAAGGAAUGGGAAAAGUCUCAAGCACCCAUGCCUGAAAUUGAACAGGAAGUCACCCAUUUUGGUUUGGGGCAGACGCUUUGAGGCCAAUCCCCUCAGUCGUGUCAAUUGGAAACUUAAAUAAAUAACUAAGCUGGCCCUCGACACCAGUCUCAGUGACGCACACAAAAUUGGGUCUGUCAAAACAGAAAAGGAAAAAGUACCCAGACCUGAAAUUCAACAGGAAGUGAGUCAUUUCAAUUUGAAGAAGACAUUUUCAGGAAAUCCUCUCAGUACUACUCCGUGGAUGGGCCAUUUUGAUUUGAAACAGCCACUUUGGGAGCGCACUUUCCCUAAACUCAUACUUGGGGAUUCACCCAAAUUGAAAUCUAAUCAAAAGCCGGUACCUUAGACAGAUGGGCAACACAAAAUUGCCAUGAUUUUUUUUUUUUUCCUUCAACAUUUAAUAUAGACAGAGCAUCACAAUGUGAUAUCAGAUCAUUUUGGAGGAUUCGCUGUGAAAAAGCAGGUGCGAGGGCCCGUUCAUGGAUAUUUGCAGUUUUUAUUUCUUUUUGUUUCCUUUGCGGGACAAUUGGAUGUCCUUUUGAAUCUGAAAAGAAAUACAAGACUGUCCUUACAAGCUCACGUUCAAGUAACAACAUUAGCCACAUAGCAUGUUGUCACUCACUGUAAUUACACACGCUAGCUGUUAGCCACUGCUGUAUACAAAUCAUUUGUAUUAUGCUGGUUUUACACUUUUUUUGAAGGAAAAAAAAACGUGAAACUUGUUUUUAUGAGUAAUAUGAACUUUUAUUUAUGACGGAAUGUUUCAGUGUUUGCACACGCGUCAAAGUUUGCCGCAAGAAAAGCUAGUUUGAGUGUUUGGGAAGCGGAGGGUGACAAACAUUUCCUGCCUAGCUGUUGAUAGCAAUUCAGAAUUCCCAACGUGACAAUAAUGUAUCCUAAGAAAAAUAAGCUGUAUUAAAAACUGUGAUUGUAUCCUACCAUAACAAACAUAUUUAUAUCCUACCAUCCAGUGAAUGUUUGAAUCCUGCUGCAACCUUGUUUUUUUUUAAAUGCUAAUUAUUAUGAUUAUUUAGUUUUUGUGCACACAUCGUCUUAAAAACAGAAUUGCUCUUUUUGUAGCUUCAUCUUUUCCUAAAGUGCCUUAAUGUGCCACUCGAUAGAGCAGUUCACUCUGUCGCGGCGAGCUGGCCUGAAGCUCAGAAACAAAGGAGCACAGUAUUUAUGUGUGCUUUCAAGUUUUAUUUCAAGGUUGACAUUGUGAUGCGCUGCAUGUUGUCAAUUAAACCAUUUGUUGCACCAA